AUGAAUGUCGCCGCUCAAUUCAGGAAGGCAAUCGCAAGACGUUUGGCACAAGUCAGCUCAUGUUCAGAGGCUGAAGUCCUUGCAGCACUCGGCACACCAAAGACAUCACUGAUGCAGCAAUUCAAUAUACCACUUCCUCGAGUUUUUCCAAAGGAUCGCCUUCCCGAUGCUCGCGAUCUCGCUGACAAGUUUGGUUCAUGUGAUCCACUCAUUGCAGACGUAUCUGCUACUGGCAAGUUCCUCAACUUUGGUGUGAGGAGGACCGAGUACAUCAAGCAAACAUUGCAACAGGUGUAUCAGGAGAAAUCGACCUAUGGAUGUCAUACCCAGAACGUACCACAGACCGUCGUGAUCGAUUACAGCUCGCCCAACAUUGCAAAACCCUUCCAUGCCGGUCAUUUACGGAGCACCAUCAUUGGCAACUUUGUCAAACGUAUCAAUGAAGCGAUGGGUCAUCGAACGAUUGGCAUCAAUUAUCUUGGUGAUUGGGGAAAACAAUAUGGCUUGUUGAGUGUCGGAUUUGAAAAGUAUGGCAAUGAGGAGGAAUUACAAAAGGAUCCAAUCCAUCAUCUCUUUCAAGUGUAUGUGCGCAUCAACAGUGAAAAGGAUGAGCUCGUUGAACAACAAGCGAAUGCUUACUUUAAGCGGAUGGAAGAAGGUGAUCCUGAGGCAUUGGCACAAUGGAGAAGGUUGCGUGAGCUGAGUAUACAGAGCUAUGGCCCCACUUAUCAGCGACUCGGCAUUGAGUUUGAUCGAUACUCGGGUGAAUCAGAGGCUGAGCCCUAUCUUGAUCGAGUUUAUGACAUGCUUCAACAACGUGAUUUGAUUACCGUGGAUACCGAAACAGGGGCAUGGUGUGUGGAUCUUGAGGAGGAAAAUCUUGGUCGGCCCAUUGUACGACGAGCGGAUGGAACAACACUCUAUUUGACACGUGACUUGGCCAUUAUGCUACAGCGAAUGGAGCAAUACAACUUUGAUACCGGCAUCUACGUGAUUGGUAACGACCAAGGUCACUAUCUUCAACGUCUGUUUUGCAUUGCACAAAAACUUGGUAUCAACAGCCAAUUGAAACACGUCUCCUUUGGCAAGGUCAAUGGUAUGUCGACUCGCAAAGGCACGGUGGUGUUCUUGGACGACAUUUUGAAUACGGCUCAGGAACAAAUGGAAAAGAACAUGCGUGAAUCCGGCAAAUACGACGAGCUUAUGGAGACGGGUGUGGAAAAAGGCAAUGAACGUUUAUUGGGUUCAGAAGCAGUGGAUACCGUAGCCGAUCAAUUGGGUGCCUCAGCCGUCAUUGUGCAAGAUUUGGCUUCUCGACGCGUAUUGAAUUAUGACUUUUCAUAUGAUCGCAUGACAACUGCUCGUGGUUAUACCGGUGUCUUUUUACAAUACACACAUGCAAGGAUUUGUGGAAUUGAAAGGAGGACGGGUGUACCCAUCACCCCGGAUUGCGAUUUCUCAUUGCUCAACGAAAAGGAAGCCUUUGAACUUAGUGUGCUCAUUUCCCAAUAUCCAGACAUUGUGGAAUUAUCAUGGAGACAACUCGAACCCUGUACGUUGGUGCAAUAUCUUUUCAAACUCGCUCAUUCUGCUAGCCAAGCCAAUGCCAAGCUUCGUAUCAAGGACAUGGAUCCCAAAUUGGCUGAAGCCCGUAUGCUCCUUCUUUGGAGUGCAAAGACAACGCUUGCUAAUGGAUUGAGAUUGAUUGGUGUCGAGCCUUUGGAACGCAUGUAG